AUGCAGCAGUGUGGUCGGGGCUGCACCGUCAAGUGGGCGCUGCGGAUGAACCAAGCGGCGGCCACAUCCAUCCUGCUAUGUGCCCUGCCGCUGGUUCUACUAUCUCCAGCCAGGAAGCAACAACUCGAGAGACUGCACAGGAGUGCAGUUAGGAGCAUCCUCGGGCUCCCCAAGCACUCUCGAAUUGCUGCCACACUGGCUGAGGCUGGCGAAUGGCCACUGUCGCUGCACAUGCUCCAACGUGCCCUUGGGCACAUUGACCGUCUGCAUCGUGCUCCAGAUGGUGGGGCUCUGCUCUGCCGACUGCGGAGCCAGCCACUAUCUCGCAUGGGGGGCCUCUGUCAGCUCUACGAGGAGCUGAUUGUACAGCGACCAGUGCCCAUGGUCACACCUCCGCCACACGAGAAGCCUCCAGAGGUGCACCUAUCCCUGAAUGGAGCAUCAAAGCGCCGGACAGAAAGGUUGAAGCAGUCCAGCAGGGAGUUCGACGGGUCGUCUCCGACGUUGGCAUUUAUCGCAGGAGGCCACGCAACGUCGGACAGACCGCGCGAGACCGCGCCAAAUGAAGCUGCGCCGGACACGGUCGUACGUCCGCGAUACGCCAAGGGGACCAGCAGUUCGUUCGUCCUGAGGCUCAGGCAGGACCGUGGAACGCUGAUGUUUAGUUUUCCUCCGAUCGACGAGGCGAGCAUGACGUCCACGAUGCCGGUGCUGCCGUCCGCGAUGUACCGCGGCCCAGCGCCGCGAUACUCGGAGCCCCAAGAAGUGGGCGUCUACUCGCUGGUCGGCGCGGGGGGCUCGUACGCCUCCGGAAACGUGCACGGAAAGUACCUCUGCCUGCCGCCGAGAACGAGCAACCUCAACUGGGACCUGGACGCGGGAUUCGCUGACGUUGCCCGCUUUGAGAGAUAUGAAACACCCACUAUGGACACCCUGCUCCAUUGGAUCCUCGAAAACAAGAGGGAAUUUUCCAGCGCCGCCGUCGAAGCCGCUCGCGGAGACGGUCGUUCACCACGGGCCGGGGAGAAAUGCGUGCCGUUCGUGUGCCGCCGAGGUGGCCUCCACAGCGUGUUGUGCACGCCGUACGAUAGACCGAACGACUGGCUCGUCGGCGCCACCCAACAUCGGGGAAUGGUGUACUUGCGUGCAUUCGACACGGAAGCCUGGAAGGAGCAGUUAAAGCAGCGGACGACCGACAACAGUGCCGACCAUUUCACCUACUGGGGCCACAAAUUCGAGCAGUACAUGACAAGCGAGAGGCCCGGCGUGGCGCCCGACACCAGCUCGCCGGUAGUCGAGCACGAGUCGGUCCAAGUGGUGGCACGCAGCCGGCUGGGCGAGCAUGGCCUAAUCAUCGGCGGGGAGGUGGACGCCAUAGACCCGUCUGUCGCGACUGACUCCUCGCAGCAGCGCUCUAUGGCCAAGUACGUCGAGCUCAAGACCACAGCCGUGGUGAGAAACGAGCGCCAGCUUUGGAACAUGCGCAGGUACAAGCUGUGGAAGUGGUGGUCCCAGUCGUACAUCAUGGGAACGAAGCGAGUGAUCUGCGGCUGCCGCGACAAGGAAGGCUUCGUUCGGAGCCUCAUGCAGUUUGACGUUGACACAAUGCACGAGUUGUGCGAGCGGGAACACCUCUGGUUCCGCGCUGAAGGCCUCAACUUUUGCGACAGGUUUCUCUCCUUCGUCAAAUCAAACCUGAAACAUGAUGAGCCCAAGGUGGUUUAUCUCUUCAGAUACGAGCCCGCCUGGGAACGAGUGACCUGCACACGCCUCGAUGCUCCCGGAGAGUACCAAGUCCUUCCAGAGUGGUUCUUGAAUAAGUUUUGAAGAGCUAGCGAGGAACGUGACUUCAAGUUUAUAACUGAUGACUUUAAGCGAACCAGAGUCUUGGGAAAAUUGCGACAUCGUAUUAAUCUAUAAAAAGGGAGACGCUGAAGAAUUGAAAAAUGAUAGGCCCAUUACUUUGUUUUCGUUAUUGCACAAAACGUCUGACAUACUUUACAAUACCAUGAGGGCAGGACUUGGCUUCAUAUCAGAGAACAGGCUGGCUUUGUAAAGGAUUACAUUCAUGUCAAAACUCAUGUAAUUGAGAAAUCUGUCAAGUUUAAUCAACAUAUAUGAAUGUUUUGACAUGUAUCAUGAAAACGCGUUCGAUUGAUUAGAAGUACCAGCAGUCCUGGAGGCACUGAGUAGUAAAGGAGUAACGAAAGCAUAGGUGAAUAUCUUGAAUUAACACAGUAAGCUGGGCAAGUUGGUGACUGAACAUAUUCCUAGGGGUGGGCAGGGCAACCCGGACGAAGGACUAAGAGAAGUGGACGAUACGAACUCCGACAAACAGCGGGUUUAUUUUUUCCAUACAAGGGAUUAAAUAUGCAGAGAAUGGGAUCAUGUGAUGAAGUGACGCGUACAAGUGGUGAAAGGGUGUUAUCCUAUCUUACCAUUCAAAAACUUCGUUUCUUUGUCAUGCAGGGAGAAAGAAGUCUGGCUGACCCAUGCGCCUGAGUUGACACGCAUGAAAUAGGCUUCCACAAUCUCGCAGUUGACUUGAUUUUCAUUUUUAUAGAUUAUAUCGUUUUUUUUUUUCAAACAAAGGUUUCGGUGGACAAUCUCGUGAAUGCGCGGCCAGAUUCGAGCCUGUUGAAUUCCUGAUCACGCCUUGGUGCUCCCUAAGGCGGAUGUUAAGGAAGCGUCCCGUCUGGCCAAAGUACUUUUUGGCCGCACGUAAGUGGAAUAACGUAGACCACUCCCACCGAGCAUGCCACGAGCUGCCUCGUGUGUUUCAUGCGGUGAAUGGCCUUGAACGCCUGCUUAGGUCUAUUGACGUGAUUGCAAAUCUUUUUUAACGAGAUUUUAGCUGAAAAGACGUUUGAACACCAUAUUUCAUGGCUAUAUUUUUUUACCCAUGCCCCAUCUUAUGUAUAUCAUAAGCAUGAUAUCUUGGCCAAUAUUUGAAAAGACUUCGUAGCUGUCUUAAAUUUUCGCAGAAAAAUCCGAAAAAUACCUGUCAAUGAAGGGGUCAGGGUAGGAGACCCUGUAAAUCCAGUUAUAUUCGAUGCAUGCCUAGAAAAAGUAUUCAAGCUGUUAGACUAGGAAGGAUUAAGUGUGAAAAUCAACGUGAAACAUCUAAGCAACUUAGGAUGGUAGCGAAUUGGGCUAACUUAUAUGCCAUAUCUACAGUCGAGAAUGGUAGCGCAAAACCCACUGCACGACGAUUCAGGUAGAGUAUAACUUCCAACUGGGGUUUCUUGUGGUGCGGGAAAAAACUCGAAAUACAAGGAAAACCAAGAAAACUGAUAACCGAAGAUAAGAAAAAAAAGUUAUAGGGUGACUUAAGUCUCCUUACGUGCACUGAAUGCGAAAACAUUCUGUCUCUUUCGCACGAUACUUUUCACCUGGUGAUGUGCUCGAAUUGGGCAAAGCCGAUUUUUAGGGUGGACAACCCAAAUUUUUUAGGGUGUGCCGAGCCAAUAUUUGGAGUGGACCAGGUCGGUUUUGAACGUGGUCAACUCAAUUAUCGAAUUGGCCAGUCAUUUCUUUUUUUUAGGGGGGGGGGGGGGGUGGCCACGGCGUCCGUCAGACGUUGUGGCUGUUCACCGUGGGAUUUCACAGUGCGAGCGGCAGCAGACCCAACGCCGGGUACGUGACUUCAUCACUUGGCCACGUGGCUUUGGGACCAUCGAACGUUAACGCCGGACGCUCGCCGGAUUUGCCGCUUCAUGUGUAUAAUGCUUUCGCAUUAAUAUGAAAGGGUGAAAAAAAAUUGCGAUCCCUAAUGCAAAAUUUGAGCGCAGCUCAAUACUUGUUUUCGUUUCGCAAUAUAUUUGCUGGCGCGGACAAUCUUUCUUGUGCGGCACGCUGCAAACGGAGCGAAAUGUGGCACCACUGCGUCGCCAAUCGGGAGAUCGCAAGAGGCUGCGCGUGGGUGACGCGUAAGCGCAAUUCACAGCAGCAGCCGCACACAGACCUCCACUCAUGCAGCGCUUUGUUUCCAUACAGACGACGUGCGCUACUCUGGCGCCAUCUCAUAGCCAUCGUCUCCGCAAAGCCCGUGUUGCGCGGUACUACGAUUUUCUUCUGACGCUUUAGCCAUAGCGUUCUUCUCUGCUUUCCUCCUCGCGCUGUCUUCGCAAUCGCCGUCUUUCAUCUCCUGCUGCGCUCCGCGUUCGCUUUCAUCCUUCGCUAUGCUUGUUCGCGAGGUUACGAGGGACAACGCCAACGCUCACCGCAGGAACGCGCGCCUAAGAGCUGCGCUUUAAAAUGCUAAGGCACACCUUCAUAUCUUUUUUCUCGCAGCAUCAGUUCUCGGGAAAGCCGUCAGUGUAUCUGUCCAACAGAGACACUGACGGCUUGCUUAACAUGAGCCAUGCUCGUGUAGCAUCUUCGCAGCCUCAAUGAUCAUGUGGGCGCGGUCGUUUCUCUGUCUGUAUACUGUAAUGUUCUUAAAUAGCGGUGAAUACUUGUACAAACGGCAAUGCUGUGCUCCACCUUUUUAAUUGUGGACAUUAUUCGCGUGCUCCCCAGGCGGUCGUUUGUUCCUUCAAGAUAAAAGAAAAUUGCUAAGAAUCGACAACCCUUUUUGAUUCGCAUCUCCCAAGAACAGAUUCAAUUUCUGAAGCAAAAAGUUGCUUUGAGCUGUGUGCUUUCUCAAUCGGUAUCAAGGAUGGUAUUAUUGCUGCCACCUACAUAGUUGCUAGAUUGAAUUACUAAUUGAAAAAAAAAAACCAUUUAGAUGAGCUCGAAUUCAAGUACAAGCUGGACCUGAGCCCAGGAAGCUUGCUGGGCCUCGUUACUUGAUAUCCACGCUCACGAAAUGGGUUGACAGCGUGUGCCUUCGGGUGGCGCAUUGUAAAUCAACAUGAAAAACUCCCGAUACAGCUUUCUGUUGCUCAAUGCGUGCUACAUAAAAGUGUUUUUCCAGGCACAAAAGAAGCACGCGAAUACACGAGAGAUGGCCGCGUGGCAGGCGGCUCGAGGCACGUUACCUAUAUCCAUAGCCUUCUCUCAAACUUGUAAAAACACUUUUAUGUAGCACGCAUUGAGCAACGUAAAGAACGUAAAGCUUUAUCGGGAGCAUUUCAUGCUGCUCUACAAUUUUCUCAUUGACACUUUUGAUCUUGUAAUAUUUGUGAAGUGGAUUAAUAACAAAGACUAGUUAUGUAAUUAGGCGGAGUGCAAAAAAUAAUCUGAUUAUCUUCAAGCAACUGCAAACAUCACCUUAUGUCACGCAUACGUUAACGCCUGGUACGCUAGCUUGAGCGGGCGGAAGGAACACACGAACGCCAGGUGUAGCACACACGCAACGUUCAUUCAAUAUGGACUUUUAACAACAGCAACACACGGUAACGUUCAACACUUAUAGUACACGGAAUGCGUCCUCCCUUGCCAAGCUUUACGCUCGCACUACCGCGGUUACUAAUGUCUGUGCGGCGAUAGUUUACACGCUAUAGCCGGGGCGCUUACAGUACCGGUUCUGUUCGGUGUGGAUAUCGGCGGCCUCUGGUCUGUGGUCCGUCGUUGCAGUCUGGUCGCUUUCGAUCGUCGCUGGUGUCCGGCGUCACCGAUGCCCCGGCCGACGAGACGAAGGCGCGGUCGCUGAGGAGCUGUCGCGCUCCGGCAGAGCAGGGCUCGUGCCGGCUGGCGCUCCCGGUGCGCGCCGGCCCAGCUUAGUUCCUUAGACAGGAUGGUGGCUGGCUGCAGCCAGCCUCCACGCGUCCACGUUCAGCGGCACAAAAGCUGACGUGUCCUGGCAGGUAGGUCCGGGCCAGCGGUAGUUGCGGGGACGUCGGACAUCUGCUCACCGAGCCUGGUACUCGGGCGGGACCUUGAUGUGUCGCCUAGGAACUGGGGCAGGACCCAGAGAGGCUAUCUCCGGCCGUCUUCUCCUGGAACGCUGCGCCCUGGCCACCACGUCCUUCCCUGCGCGCGCCUCUUCCAGGAAUAUUGCCACGCCCUGAUGACAUGAUGCUAGGAACUGUUCUGCAAUCAUGUUGUCCCUCAAGUCUUCGAAUGUCUUCUCUAUGUUAGCCAUUUCCAAUCAACGAUCAAAGUAGUUGGAGAUUCGAGCGGCGAAUUGCUGGCCCGUCUCAUGUUCGUGUGGCUUAGAGUUUCGGAAUUUAUCCCUGAAACCUUCGGCCGUUAGUCUGAAGCGUUGUGAGAGAGCCUUCUUCACCUUGUCGUAAUCUAGUGCGUCAGUCGCUGACAUCCGGCUGUACACGGCCAACUCUUCCCCCACAAGACACAUACUCAAUCCCGUCGCCCAGUCACUCUUCGGCCAGCCUUGUCCAGUUGCUAUUCGCUCCAAACGCUGUAUAUAGGCAUCUAGGUCAUCUCGCCUUUCGUCAAAGGGGGCAAUUAGCUUCUGGGGACACACUGUCGCUAUUCGCUGAGGUACCACGUCUGAGCUAUUUCCUGCCUCUUCUCCACUGUUACUCAUGCACAGCUGCAAUUUCUUUUCCGUAAGCUCUUUUUCCAACAUCAAGUUCCUAUAUGCACGCUCGUCCGCAGCUUUCGCUCUCUCCUCCUCUUCCUUCGCAGCCUCUCGCGCCUCUGCGCGUUCUUCUCUUAAUCGCUUCUGUUCCUCGUGAUACAGCGCUAUUAUGGCUUCGGCCGACAUGCCCGCGGUAUUCCCAGCCGUCAUCAAACUUUCAAGGUCCAUUCCGCUGCUCAAGACACCCCGAGGCACGUGACGAAGUUAAAGGGAUCCUGGCAGGCUCGCCAAUGUUGUCACGCAUAGGUUAACGCCUGGUACGCUAGCUUGAGCGGGCGGAAGGAACACACGAAUGCCAGGUGCAGCACACACGCAACGUUCAUUCAAUAUGGACUUUUAACAACAGCAACACAUGGUAACGUUCAACACUUAUUGUACACGGAAUGCGUCCUCCCUUGCCAAGCUUUACGCUCGCACUACCGCGCUUACUAACGUCUCUGCGGCGAUCGUUUAUACGCUAUAGUCGGGGCGCUAACAGUACCGGUUCUGUUCGGUGUGGAUAUCGCCGUCCUCCGGUCUGUGGUCCGUCGUUGCAGUCUGGUCACUCGCGGUCAUCGCUGGUGUCUGGCGUCACCGAUGCUGUUGUGUCGGCAGCGGCAGGCAAGCGGGGGCCCGCGCCCAGCGAACGCGCGGCGAGCGCCCGACGCAGAGAGAGAGACGCGGCGCCAACUGCUCCUGAUGAAAACCGGACAAGAGGACUGAGCCGGCUCGCGGCCGUUUAUUACCAAAAAGGACUUCACACGCCAGAUGACACCUCCUGAUUGGUCCAAGCUCAUCACAUGACAGAAGGGGGGUGCGCCAUCUAGCUAGACUACUACGACACAUAAAUGUAUGAUAACACGGAGAUCUGGCAGGGGGAGACACUAUACCACAGAUGCCCCGGCCGACGUGACGAAGGCGCGGUCGCUGAGGAGCUGUCGCGCUCCGGCAGAGCAGAGCUCGUGCCGGCUGGUGCUCCCGGUGCGCGCCGGCCCAGCUUAGUUCCCUAGACAGGACGGUGACUGGCUGCAGCCAGCCUCCGCGCGUCCACGUUCAGCGGCACAAACGCUGACGUGUCCUGGCAGGUAGGUCCGGGCCAGCGGUAGUUGCGGGGACGUCGGACAUCUGCUCGCCGAGCCUGGUACUCGGGCGGGACGUUGAUGUGUCGCCUAGGAACUGGGGCAGGACCCAGAUAGGCGAUCUGCGGCCGUCUUCUCCUGGAGCGCUGCGCCCUGGCCACCACGUCCUUCCCUGCGCGCGCCUCUUCUCCAAGAUGGUUGCUCCACGCGCUCGCUUCACUCCUUCUUCCUCGUCCUCUUUCUUCGCUUACGCUUGUCACUCCUGACAUCUUGGUUCCGUUCAGCCACGUGGCAUUUGCAUAUUUUAAAGUUUGGCUCAGGUUAUGUGAGACACCUGGUACAGACACAGGGACGACCGCUCCCGGAUCAUCGUUGACGCUGCGAAGAUGCUACACAAGCAUGGCUUAUGCGUAAGCAAACCGCAUCCCUAUUGAACAGAGAAAUUAAUUUCCUGGGAUGCGGCGGCACACGAGCAAGGCGAUAAAGAUAUUCCUUUGCAUUUUCCCCCCUUCGAUUUCAUAUCUUCCAUUACCAGUUGCUCUUGCUUUUGUUUGUUUUUUGUUUAGUGUUGUUUUCGAGUUUUUUUUGCACAGUAGUAAACAACAGUUGGAAGUUAGUGCUCGCCUUCAUCACGUCGUCUGGUGUUCGUUUACUUCGCGCUACCAUCUCCACAGUAAUGUCAGAGACCUGCAAUUUGCAGAUUACAUUGUCCUGUUCAGAAACGCUCUAGAUGACUUUCAGUAAUCGAUUGAGGACUUUAGCUGAGGAAGUGUACGGGUAGGCCGAAGAAUAAUAUGCAGAAUACACAAAUAAUGUACUGUGGCUUAGCAAGAUAAUGAAAAUUCAUGACUGGAAGUCAGUUUUGGGCUGAUGACCGGGGGUCUAUUAAUGUUACAGAAUGGGUGGCAAAAGAAAGACUGCUGAGAAAUGGGUGGUGGGUUGAGAUUGAGAAAUUCUUAGCUCUAAAAUGGUGUUAGCUUUUGCAAAAUAAUCGAAGCCUUAACUUUAGGAGCGAUAUAAAGUUAAUUUGUGGUACGCGCAACAUAAUCCUUAUGUACAAAUCCUUGGCCAGAAACAAUUCUUUGUUGAAGUGAAGAUCUACUUACGAAUAGGAGUGGGCAAACAUUCUAAGUUUCGGAUACAAAUCGAGUACUACACGUUGAAUAUUCGAGUUCCUGUCCGAAAAAAAUUUUUCGGCAUUUUGGAAUCUUCAAAACUAACCAACUUUUGCGUAAUAGCCGAUUGGUAAACUGUUCUGCACCUUCUUAAGGUUCUGCAAAUUAUCAGAAGCGACGCCACAACAAAGUUUUCGAAGCAAUGCUGAAAGAAAAUCGGCAAUGGAAGUUUUCUUGACGGUUCCGCAGCGAAAGGUUGCACAUUAGAACCUGCGAUUUUUGCUUCUAGUCUGUCAUUUUACAGCGAAGCUCGCUAUGGCUAUUCUACGGAAAAAUCGUGGCGGCGAACAGAAAACACCUCACCCGCCGUGGUCGCUCCGUGGCUAUGGCGUUGGGCUGCUGUUGGUCGUGGGAUCAAAUCCCGGCCACGGCGGCCGCAUUUUGAUGGGACGAAAUGCGAAAACACCUGUAUACUUAGAUUCAGGUGUACGUUGAAGAAUCCCCGGUGGUCAAAAUUUCCGGAGUCCUCCACUACGGCGUGCCUCAUAAUCAGAAAGUGGUUUUGGCACGUAAAACCCAAUUAUUUAACUUUAAGAAAACACCUUGUGGGAAAUCCAACUUUCUCGAGAAUUCUCUGUAGCUCUCAAUGUAAUGCAGGUAUCUUGGAAAAAAUCAUACUGAAAUUGGCCGCUGAGACGGCUCUAUAAUUUACUUAUCAUAAAUAGUUGGUUCACAAUGAAGUUGUAAACGUUACAGAAUUCCCGUCUAUCAAUACAUGGGCACCUACGGAUGGAGUAUGGUUACAGAAAACAGCUGUAACUCUUCUUUUAUCAAAACUAUCCCGAAACAAAUUAUAUGAGAAUUGGUCCCUAAGACAACUCUAACAUUAAGCCGAGUUUCAUCUACUUUUUACAAUUACGUAGUUCAUAGUGAAGUUGUAAAUAUUGCGGAAUCCCCGUCUGCUGCCAAUACAAGGGCUUCUAUACGGGAGGGAAACGGACAGCCCCAUGUUUGUUCCGCUAGAAUAAAACUCUAGUUCUUUUAAGUUUCAUUCAGCUAAUUAACUAGGACGUACGCUCAUUCGCAACUUACAAAGAAACGUGCUUUACUUCGUGCACUCUGUUGGAAUGCGCCUCGGUCAACGCGUAUCGUCGUUCGCGUCGAGGCUCGAUUUAACCUGCGUCUAAACGACGCAGCUGCGCCGACAACACCUGCGUCUGCAGAGCGGCCUCGAAAAGAUAACACAAAAAGGAAAGAGAACAAAUGAUUGUGUAUUUCUUUGUAUUUUGCAUAAAUGUCAUAUACAUAAUUAUAUGUAUACUUACAUACCAACAUACUGUAUACCAUUUCUUCUGGUCAACCACCUUCACAGAGUGGAAUGGCUCGUCAAUUUUUGUGUUUCUGUUGGUCCAGUCACGUGUGGCCAUUUUAUCUUUUAUUCUACAGUUUGCGGUAUGUUUCUCACAAGUGACCAUGUUGUGCCUACGGCUCACAAUUCAUGCAGCAGAUUUGUGUUAUUUUUAAUUUCCGUUCUUUUUUCUUUUUGCAACCAUUCACUUGGCGUUUUUGGAAAUCCAAUCAUACAGCAGCCAUUCUUUCUUGAAAACCUUGUUUGCAAAUAGGCUCUCAAGUUAUCUUUCGCCUAUUCGAGUAGCUUUUUUUUAUUGCAAUUAGUGACCUUGUGUUUCAAAUUGAUCCUUUGUCCCUGAUAGUCAGCUUUCGUCUUUGUCCUAGUCACAACAGGCAUGUUACGUAAUUAUAAUGAAAUAAAUAUUCUUGCUGUAAAUAUUUGCGUCCUCGUUCGGCUAUUCGAUAUUCAACACUUACUUUUCGUAUUCGAUUCGUAUUCGAAGAAGUUGAUAUUCGCCCACCUCUCCUUCCCAAGCUUAGAAGCUCUCAGAAUCACAAGAUCUACAAACACAACAUCAGCUUCCUAAAAUUCAAUAAUAUCUUGCCUAAUUUUUCGCCGCUGCCUCAGCAACAACACUCAGCUUUUUUGAGGCAUGCAUUUUAGCGCCACAAUGGAAAGAAAUAGAAAGAGCAGAGGAAACAUGAAGCGCUUCUCUCUUUUCCUUUCAAGUGUGGCCCUAAGAACCAUGCGUCAGCAUCGAAACCAACCAGCCCAACAAGAAGCUCUUCUGUACCGCUCAUUGCGUCGCUCUUACUCUUGGUUUAGGCCGAGAGGUAAAUGCUUCGUCCCUGCAUUUUUCUUUUUCAAAAGCAUUCAAUGCGGCAGUGCACUUUAAAGGGUUCUUAUAUAAAUUAUAUAAGCUAAACUUUGUCCUUAUAAACGCCUCUCUCGGAGACUGGAGUAACAGUUUUCUUCGUGCAAUUCUUUAGGUGCUAUUCAUAUCUCCCGGUGUACCCAAGGAUUCUCCGCCUUGCCCCGCUCUCUUUUUCAUAUGAUAUUGAGGUUUCGCGCUGUGUUUCUGCAGAGAUUCGCCUUUAUGCAAAUGUCUGUUUCUCUGCUUCUUUUUUGCAGUAUAAUUAUUAAAAGCGAUGAUCCCGACGUUCCUAAUACUUCGUUUUCAAGUUGUUGCAGACGAUGUGAGCUUUGGCAAAUAAACAACAGCAUUGAAAAAGUG